AUGGAUCUGUCCAACCUGACCCUGGUGCUGCGCGCGGCGCUCAGCCACGCCCCCGAGGAGCGCAAAGCUGCUGAGGCCAGCCUCGAGCAGCUUCAGUAUACGCAACAACAUCUGGUGAGAUUGUUACAGAUCAUCGUCGAUGGAAGUUGUGAUAUGGCUGUGAGACAGGUCGCAAGCAUUCACUUCAAGAACUUUGUUUCAAAAGCCUGGUCACCUAUUGAUCCUGAUGAAACACGUAAAAUUCCAGAAGGUGACAAGUCUAUGGUUCGUGAGAAUAUACUGGGCUUUGUUACUCAAUUGCCUCCACUGCUAAGAGCACAGCUUGGAGAAAGUAUCAAGACCUUGAUCCUUGCGGAUUACCCUGAGCAGUGGCCUAGUCUUCUACAUUGGGUUACACAUAACAUGGAAUCACAGGAUCAAAUUUUCGGAGCACUUUAUGUGCUAAGGAUCCUAUCCCGGAAAUAUGAGUUCAAAUCAGAGGAGGAAAGGAUACCUUUGUAUCAAAUUGUUGAGGAGUGUUUUCCUCGUUUGUUGAAUAUAUUCAGCACACUUGUCCAGAUUGUGAAUCCUCCAAUUGAAGUUGCUGACUUGAUCAAGCUGAUCUGCAAAAUAUUCUGGUCCUCAAUUUANCUAGAAAUUCCAAAGCAACUGUUUGAACCAAACAUCUUCAAUGCAUGGAUUGUUCUAUUCUUAAACUUGUUGGAAAGGCCAGUUCCAUUGGAAGGGCAACCAUCUGAUCCUGACGCUAGGAAAGCUUGGGGCUGGUGGAAAGUCAAGAAAUGGAUUACCCAUAUCUUGAACCGUUUAUACAGUCGGUUUGCUGAUAUGAAGGUUCAUAAACCAGAGAGUAAAGCUUUUGCUCAAAUGUUUCAAAAGAACUAUGCUGGAAAAAUUCUGGGAUGCCAUCUACAGUUGCUCAAUGCAAUUCGCACUGGUGGCUAUUUGCCUGAUAGGGUUAUCAAUCUUAUCCUUCAAUAUCUCACCAACAGUCUCACAAAGAACAGCAUGUACCAGCUGAUGCAACCACAAAUUGACAUAAUUCUUUUUGAGAUAAUAUUUCCACUAAUGUGCUUCAAUGACAAUGACCAAAUGUUAUGGGAUGAAGAUCCACAUGAGUAUGUUCGGAAAGGCUAUGAUAUAAUUGAAGAUUUGUAUAGUCCUCGAACAGCUGCUGUGGAUUUUGUCAGCGAAUUGGUAAGAAAACGGGGAAAAGGCAACCUACAAAAGUUCAUCCAAUUUAUUGUGGAGAUAUUCAUGAGGUAUAAUGAGGCAUCAAUUGAAGUGAAGCCCUAUCGCCAAAAAGAUGGUGCCCUUCUUGCCAUUGGGACAUUAUGUGAUAGGCUGAAACAAACUGAUCCGUACAAGGCUGAGCUAGAGCGAAUGUUAGUUCAGCAUGUCUUUCCAGAGUUCAGUAGUCAUGUUGGGCACUUGCGUGCGAAGGCAGCAUGGGUGGCAGGGCAGUAUGCGCACAUCACCUUCUCAGACCAGGACAAUUUUCGCAAAGCUAUGCAUUGUGUAAUCUCUGGUUUGCGUGAUCCAGAACUUCCUGUCAGGGUCGAUUCAGUCUUUGCUCUCCGUUCUUUCGUUGAAGCAUGCAAAGAUCUGGAUGAGAUCCGUCCUAUCCUUCCACAGCUUCUUGAUGAAUUUUUUAAGCUUAUGGGUGAAGUUGAGAAUGAGGAUCUUGUUUUCACUCUCGAGACAAUUGUUGAUAGAUUUGGUGAAGAGAUGGCACCAUAUGCCCUUGGCUUGUGCCAGAGUUUGGCUGCUGCCUUCUGGAGAUGCAUGGCUAGUUCAGAAGCUGAUGAUGAAGUAGAGGACUCUGGUGCUUUGGCUGCUGUUGGUUGCUUACGUGCUUUAAGCACAAUCCUUGAGUCCAUUAGCAGUCUUCCCCAUCUUUUUAUCCAAAUAGAGCCCACUUUGUUGCCUAUUUUGCGCAGGAUGUUGACUUCGGAUGGUCAAGAUGUUUAUGAAGAGGUUCUAGAAAUAGUGUCCUAUCUGACCUUUUACUCACCAACAAUUUCUUUGGACAUGUGGAGCUUGUGGCCAUUGAUGAUGGAGGCUCUUAAUGAUUGGGCCAUUGAUUUCUUUGAGAAUAUUCUUGUCCCACUAGACAAUUACAUUUCUCGUGGCACUGAACAUUUUGUUACCUGCAAAGAUCCUGAUUAUCAACAAUGCUUAUGGAAAGGACUGUCAUCUGUUAUGACAGACCAAAAUAUGGAAGAUUCAGAUAUUGUGCCGGCACCCAAGCUCAUUGAAGUGUUUUUCCAAAACUGCAAAGGGCAAGUUGAUCAUUGGGUUGAGCCGUAUCUCAGGCUUACGAUUGAUAGGCUCCGUCGAGCAGAGAAGCCUUAUCUGAAAUCUCUCCUUGUGCAAGUGAUAGCUAACGUAUUCUACUACAAUCCUUCGUUGACACUUGCAAUGUUGCACAAACUUGGAGUUGCGACAGAAAUUUUCAAUCUUUGGUUUGUCAUGUUACAACAAGUGAAAAAAAGUGGCAAGAGGGUGAACUUCAAAAGAGAGCAUGACAAGAAAGUCUGCUGCUUAGGAUUGACUUCACUUAUUGGACUUCCAGCUAAUCAUAUUCCAGCAGAGGCUCUAGAACGCAUUUUCAAGGCAACACUGGAGCUGCUUGUUGCAUACAAGGAGCAAGUUGCAGAAUCUAAGAGGCAAAAUGCUGCUGCUGCUGAUGAUGUGGAUGAAUUUGAUGCUGAUGAAGAAGAGAAUGAGGAGGAUGAGGAUGAUGGGGAGAUGGGGGUUGAUGAUGAAGAUCAGGAUGAAGUAAAUAGUCUUAAUAUACAGAAGCUAGUGCAGGCAAGAGGUUUUCAGCUCCAUGAUGAGGAUGAUGAUGAUGAUGAUUCUGAUGAUGAUUUUAGUGAUGACGAGGAGCUGCAGACCCCGAUAGAUGAGGUUGAUCCAUUUAUCUUCUUUGUUGGAACCAUCCAAGCUGUACAAGCAUCCGACCCAGCCAGGUUCCAGAGCCUUAUGCAGACACUGGAUUUUCACUACCAGGCACUGGCUAAUGGCGUUGCUCAGCAUGCCGAGGAAAGAAAAGUUGAAAUUGAGAAAGAGAAGUUGGAGAAAGCCAGUGCCUGUGAUUUGGUGAUCGCAGGCAAUGGGUUUUUGCAGCCUUGGUCUACUUGUUUUUGGAGGCCUGAGGCACACAAUUCUUGGAAUAGAAGAAGUCGACAACAUUACCAUCGUGGGAUAAUCUCUUGCAGCCUCGGUCUAUUUGUUUAUGGGCGGUGCGAGCCCUACAGAUGA